AUGGGUUGGUUCUGGGGUAGCAGCCAAAAUGAUCCCGUCAAGGAGCUCGACCCUAGUCUCCGAGAAUACCUCAAACAAGAGACUCCCGACAAAUAUGUGCCUGCGCCUGAUGUGAAGCAACCAACCUCUACAACGCCAUCCGAGUCAGAGACCGAUCCCUCGAAGCCCAAAGUCCCCCCUCAGUCGCUUUUUCAAGAUGGUCGCUAUGCUGAUCUGUGGAAGACCUAUAAUCCCACCGCAAAUGCUGAUGAAAGCAACGGAGUUCACGGAGCAGAGCGGGUGAUCGAAAAGUUCAAGGCUCGUGGGGAUACAGUGCAGCGGGCAGCAAUGGAGAACUGUGCCUUGGAGCACGAGGAUUUGACCUUCUGCUUCCAAACUGGUAACUGGAAAAAGCAAAUCGAGUCUCGCUUGACAAUGUGCGCAGCGGAGAAUGCCACCUUCUCCCGAUGCUUUACAACCCAGAGUAAAUUCCUCCAAGCCCUUGGCUACGCCUCAACCUUCGAGUAUGACGCCGAGAAAGAGGAGCGAAUUCAGUUGCACGCCGACAAGCUCUAUCAUCAAAUGCUAGACUACGAGAAGCGCGUAGAGGAGGCUAAGGCAGCUGGUGUUGAGCCACCACCCCUUCAAUCGCUCUUCCAGACCGAACAAACAAAGACUCCGGUAGCUCAGCCCAAAUCAAGUUCUACCCUUGAGAUUCCAGGUGGCGAGGCUAUCCCAGAAGGGUUCAAGCCCUCUAAGGCGCUGCACAAGCUCACACCACAUGAACGAGAGCUGGAGAUUCGAGCUCACAAUGCUCAGUUAAAGCAGCAUACACUCUACGCCGAAGAGGCCAGUCCCUUCAUGAAAUCCCAGGAGGAUGCGCGCGAGAAGAGAAGAGAAAAGGCUGUAAGCAUGUUCGGCAAGACACUUGGGAAAUGGAUGUCGUAG